AUUUUUUUUCUUUUCUUCUUUUUUGACCUCUUUCUACUCCGUUCACCCUCCUUUUUUUUAUCGUACCAUGACUAUUGAAAAAGUUAAUGUUUUAGUGCUAGGUGGUGUUGGCUUCAUUGGCAGACACUUUGUCAACUACUUGACCCAAAACAAUCUCGUAGCCAGUAUACGUGUUGCUGACAAGAUGUUGCCACAAACAGCUUAUUUCACAGACACUUUUAAAACCGCGUUUUCCAAAGUCGAAUUCAAGCAAAGUAAUCUCAUUAAUGCAGCUUCGAUUGCAGCUUGCUUUGAAAGAGACGACGGCAAGGAAUUCGAUUAUGUCUUCAACUUUGCCGCCGAAACCAAAUACUCACAAGUCCCUGAAAUUUAUCAGGAACGCAUUUUUAACCUGUCCGUCAAUUGCGCUACAGAAGCCGCUAAGCGUCACAUUAAACUCUUCGUCGAAAUCUCAACCGCCGAAGUCUACGAUAGUUCUCAGGAUCCUUCCACAGAAACUUCAAAGAUCAAUCCAUGGACCGUCAUUGGUAAACACAAGUACAAGGCAGAGGAAGCCUUGAAAAAAAUUGACGGUCUCAAUUUGUUGAUCAUUCGUCCUGCACUUGUCUACGGUCCUGCCGCUCUUUUGGGUCUCACUCCACGUUUGAUUAUUGGAAGAGUCUAUGCGCACUUGAAGGAAGAGAUGAAAUAUCUUUGGUCUAAGGACCUCAAGAUUAAUACAGUGCAUGUAGAGGAUGUGAUUCGAGCCUGUUGGUAUUUAACAGAAUGGUAUAUUGACAAUAAUAUUGCUGCUACCGGGAAAGUCCCCGUCUUCAAUUUGGCUGAUAAACAAGAGACAGAUCAAGAAGCCAUCAAUGUUCAUUUGAGAGAUAUUUUCAACCUCAAGACAUCGUAUCACGGUACAAUUAUUUCCGCAUUUGCCAAGCUGAAUUUGGAGAGUGUGACAGAGUCUGUGAAUGAAAAACAUUUGGGACCUUGGGCAGAGAUCGUGCGUGCAAAUGGAAUCACAGUAACACCAUUAUCCCCUUAUCUUGAUUUAGAAAUCCUGGACAGCCAUGCGCUUUCAGUGGAUGGCAGUAAGAUUGAACGCGAAACUGGAUUCAAGUAUAGCGUUCCGCUUGUUACCAAAGAUAAAUUGUUGGAGAUCAUCAAUGAGUUUAAGGCCAUUGAUGUUUGGCCCAAGCAAGAUUUAGAUUAAAAAGGGGGGAGAGUUCGUGUGCAUCAUGUUUAUGCUUGCUGCUGCUGCAAUAAUAAUAAUAAUAAAUAGUAUUUUUUUUUUCAAGGGGGACCU